AUGAGAAUUAUUAAUGAACCUACGGCAGCAGCUAUUGCAUAUGGACUUGAUAAAAAAAGUUCAGGAGAGAAGAAAGUAUUGAUAUUUGAUCUUGGAGGAGGAACAUUUGAUGUAUCAGUUCUUGCAAUUGAAGAAGGAGUGUUUGAAGUUAAAGCAACUAAUGGAGAUACACAUCUUGGAGGAGAAGAUUUUGAUAAUCGACUUGUUAAAUAUUUUAUUGGUGAGUUUGAAAGAAAAUAUAAGAAAGAUAUUAGUGGGAAUGCACGAGCUGUUAGAAGAUUAAGAACGGCAUGUGAAAGAGCAAAAAGAACAUUAUCAAGUGCAAGUGUUGCUAAUAUUGAAGUUGAUCAAUUAUAUGAAGGAAUUGAUUUUUAUACAUCUAUUACACGAGCUAGAUUUGAAGAAAUCAACAUUGAUUUAUUUAAAUCAACUAUUGGACCAGUUUCAAGAGUAUUAGAAGAUGCUAAAAUAGAUAAAAGUAGUAUUGAUGAAGUAGUAUUGAUAGGAGGAAAACCAAAUAAAAGUAUUAAUCCAGAUGAAGCAGUUGCGUAUGGAGCAGCAGUACAAGCAGCUAUAUUAACAGGAACCGGAGGGAAAGCAACAGAAGAUGUGUUAUUACUUGAUGUUGCACCACUUACACUUGGAAUAGAAACAGCAGGAGGAGUUAUGACAGCAUUAAUUCCUAGAAAUUCAACAAUUCCAGCAAAGAAAUCCGAAAUAUUUUCUACAUAUGCAGAUAAUCAAGCAGAAGUAUUAAUUCAAGUAUUUGAAGGAGAAGCAUCAAUGACAAAACAUUGUAAUUUACUUGGAAGAUUUGAGUUAACAGGAAUAGCACCAGCACCACGAGGAGUACCACAAAUCGAAGUUACAUUUGACAUUGAUGCAAAUGGAAUAUUAAAUGUAACAGCAGAAGAUAAAAGUAGUGGAAAGAAGAAUAAAAUUACUAUUACAAAUGACAAAGGAAGAUUAAGUAAAGAAGAUAUUGAUAAAAUGAUAAGAGAAGCAGAGAAAUAUAAAGCAGAAGAUGAAGAGAAUAAGGCACGAAUUGAAGCAAAGAAUCAAAUAGAAAAUAUGUGUUAUUCAAUGAAGAAUAGUAUUAAAGAAAUGGGAGAUAAAAUAAGUGAAGAAGAUAAGAAGAAAGCAGAAGAAAUAAUAGAAAAGAAUUUAAAAUGGGUUGAUAACAAUCAAAAUGGAAGUAAAGAAGAAUAUGAGAAGAAAAAGGAAGAAGUUGAAAAAGAAAUUGGAGAGAUUUAUUCAAAAAUAACUCAAGGAGGAAGAGGAUUUACAGGAACUAGAAGCACAGAAAAAGAAAAUAAAGGACCAAGGAUUGAAGAAGUUGAUUAA